AUGGACAGGUUCCUCCGAGCAAAAGCUGCAGCACCGGAGGAUGAAGAAACCCUGGUGAUACUCCUCGAGGAGGCGAUCGAGGAAAUCAAGGUGAACACCUACACGUUAGCCCGUUGCCAGUUGCAGAAAAUUUAUCGGCUGAAGGAGAUGUUGCGGAGGAAAAUGCACUGCCUCGACGCCAUCGGAGUGUUCUUGAAGCACGACAAGGAAGCGGAGGAGGCCUGGGAGAAGCUGGUGGCAGGGCCAGGCACCAACAUCGUCAGGCAUUUCUUCUACAAAGCCGAAGACCACACUCCCACCGCCUUCGCCACUACGGCAACCAUCAAAGCGGCGAUCAUGGGGAAGGCAACUACUACUGUUCUCGUCGGAGGAAGAUGA